GCCAAACUUGCAAGACGAAGUCAGGAGAGAGAGAAUCUCGGCAUGCUGGUCUGGUCACCUAACCAGAAUCUGUCUGAAGCAAAAUUGGAUGAAUAUAUUGCCAUUGCUAAAGAGAAGCAUGGAUACAAUAUGGAGCAGGCCCUUGGGAUGCUGUUUUGGCACAAGCACAACAUCGAGAAGUCUUUGGCAGAUCUGCCAAACUUUACUCCAUUUCCAGAUGAGUGGACAGUGGAAGACAAGGUCUUGUUUGAGCAGGCCUUCAGUUUUCAUGGGAAAACCUUUCAUAGGAUCCAGCAGAUGCUUCCUGACAAAUCAAUAGCCAGCCUGGUGAAAUUUUACUACUCCUGGAAGAAGACGAGGACUAAAACCAGUGUGAUGGACCGUCAUGCUCGUAAACAAAAAAGGGAACGUGAGGAAAGUGAGGAUGAAAUGGAGGAAGCAAAUGGAAAUAACCCUAUUGAUAUUGAAGUUGAACAAAGCAAGGAGAACAAAAAGGAGGUGCCACCUGCUGAAACUGUUCCUCAGGUGAAGAAGGAGAAGCACAGUACACAGGCCAAGAACAGGGCAAAGAGGAAACCUCCCAAAGGAAUGUUCCUUUCCCAAGAAGAUGUGGAGGCUGUUUCGGCCAACGCAACAGCUGCAACCACUGUACUCAGACAACUGGACAUGGAAUUAGUUUCAAUCAAACGACAGAUUCAGAAUAUCAAACAGACAAACAGCGCUCUCAAAGAAAAACUUGAAGGUGGUAUAGAACAAUACAGACUUCCAGAGGUUGUUCAGAAAUUUAAUGCGCGUUGGACCACGGAUGAGCAGCUUCUUGCUGUGCAAGCAAUCAGGAAAUAUGGCCGAGACUUUCAGGCAAUCUCUGAUGUGAUUGGAAACAAAUCUGUGGUGCAAGUGAAAAACUUUUUUGUAAAUUAUCGACGCCGUUUCAACAUAGAUGAAGUUCUACAGGAGUGGGAGGCAGAGCAUGGUAAAGAGGAGACAAAUGGAACCAAUAGCCAGAAGCCUGUAAAAUCCCCUGAUAAUUCCACUAAAAUGUCCGAAGAGGAAGAUGAGGCUACUUCUGUUCUUGAUGUCAGAUAUGCAUCUGCUUCGUGAGAAGGUGCUGUAGCCUAGAACAAUUUGUUGACUACUGUGUUAUCCAGGAUAUCAGGUAUUAGCAAACCUCAGACAGCCAUCUGCAUCAUAUCUGUGGACAAGCAGCUAUUACCAAAAAAGGCAAACGCUUCCAGUCCUGUGCUACAUCUGCCUUAAUCUCCCCUCAUUCCUCCAUACUGCCUCCACUUUCUUUCAGAAGCACCCAGGUAGCUCAGCUUUCCAUUUCAUCAAGGUCCUGCUUAAACAUUGGGAUUUCUAGAACCAGUAACAACUGUCUGUAAGUUUUGACCAACCUGCAAAGCAAGGAGCUCCUUAGCAGCCCCACAGUAACUCUACAUGUUAGGACUUCUUAUAAUACUUGGUCUGUAGGGUAUAAGUACCUAUUGCUGCAUGGCCUUGUGGUCUCUGCUUCCUGUGUAUUCUUCUGAUGACACUAUUAUUAGCGAGCUUUCUAUAAAGGAGAGGCCUGUGCACAUGCCAGUGGUGUCAGGUGUGUUCUGAAAUGACAGGGCAUGUUAACA